AUGACGUCAGCCUUAUUGAAAACGUCAUUUAUGAAAGGAAUAAUGUCAUCACUGAGUGAUGUGGUGGCGUGGAAAUUCACAUCGAUCUCGGGCCUUUUCCUAGCAUUAUUUUUGUUUAAUUGGUUGUUGGUUGAAAAUGGGCUGAAUACGUUCAUUACAGGCGACACAAAGAAGUCAGUGAAUGGCUUCAGUUCAUCGUUACUGCUUUGUUUGUUGUAUGUAAUGGGUGGAAAACUUGGUCUCUAUCGUGAUGAUUUACUAUUUAUUCAUUUUUCCUCGGUCAUUACGUGCUUUGCCGUUAUUUGUGUGACAAUGUACGGAAUAAUGUUGAUCAAUUAUCGAUUCGGAGACUACUAUAAUGUGACUACCAUAUCUGAGUUCUGUUUUGGUGUCGAACUUCGUCCAACAAUCCUCGACAUCGACGUUAAGCAUUUUGUUCGAUCUUGCAUCACACUCGUUAUCUGGCCGUUAUUUAUCAUUUCAUCAUUGUACUAUCAAAGAAAUAUGCAGGGAAAAAUCACAGAAAGUCUAAUGGGAUGCAGCUUAGUUCAAAUGACUUAUAUUCUGAAAUAUCAUUGGACCGAAUAUUUGGCGCUAAACUCUCUCGACUAUAAACGUUCCAACUGUGGUAUCUAUAAACUAUGGAGCGAUAUGGUUCUCUUUCCCAUACUGUACUGCUCGCCGAUAUCAAUAAUAGCUCAGAGUCAAAGAUCGAUCUCAUUGAUAACAUCCGUUGUGCUCACUGCUAUCGCCUUAUUCUUCAUGUAUAUGACAGUUGCUAUCGACAAGCAAAAAUAUGACUUCAGAAGAUCGAAAGGGAAGAUGAAAAUCGGUGGUCUUGAUCCGUUUUUCAUUACCGCUAAAUAUAAAAACGAACAAGGUGAAACGUCGGCUAAUCUACUUCUUGGAAGUGGUUACUGGUCGAAAUCUCGACAUCCGAACUACCUCUGUGAAGCCGCAACGUUCUUUACCUUCUCGGCUUUUCAAGGUCCUUAUGUACCAGUUGCGUGCCACUUUCCAGCCCUUUUCAUCACAGGAUAUCUGAUCAGUCGUGUUUGGCUCGACGAGUCUCGAUGUGUAGCGAAGUAUGGCCAGUCAUGGUUGCAGUACUGUAAUAAAGUCCCUUUUCGAAUAUUUCCAGGAUUUUACUAG